AUGGCGGGACCGGACGACGCCCAAGCGACUGCGUCGAACGACGCCGAAGCGCCGGCGCCUUGGGCGGUCAUCGUCGAAGCGCUUCAGACUUUUCGCGAUCUGCAUGAUCAUGUCAACGUACCGGCCGACUUUGACGUCCCGAUGACGGAAGCGUGGCCGGCCGCCACCCAUGGUCUCCAGCUUGGGCGGCGCGUGGCCUUGCUUCGCACGCAGUCGGCGAUCGAUCCGGCGCACAAGGCAACGCUGGACGAGCUUGGCUUCAAGUGGACGACGCCGCGGGUCCAGCAAGGCCAAGAGGCGAGCUGGGCGCAUCGGCUCGAGGCGCUGUGCUUGUACCGGGAAGAGCACGGCGACCUCGCGGUGCCGACAACGUACGUCGUGCCCGAUUCGUACCCGCGCCACCUGCAGCGCUUCCCGCUUGGCCGCGCCGUCAACACGCUGCGCUGCCAGAGCUACGUCUACACGCCCAAGGUCGUACAGCAACGAAGCGACCUCGACGCGCUCGGGUUUCUGUGGCGCCUUCGCUGCGAUACGACGUUUUGCGUCGUGCACCGUCCAGGCAAGCGCGCGCCCAUGUCACAGCUCGUCGCGUGGUCGGAGCAGAUCGAAGCCCUCGUUGUCUUUCAGCGUCUGAAUGGCCACACCAAUGUGCCCGACGGAUUUGUCGUACCGCCCGACGCGGACGUGUGGCCUCUUCCGAUGCACUACGUCGCCUUGGACCUCGCGCUCGCGUCGCUACGCGCCCAUGUCUACGAGCUGCCCGAGGCCGACGCCCAACGGCUCCGUGAGGCCGGCUAUUUCGCCGAUCUGCCCGAUUUCAGCACAUUUCUCAAGCUGCUGGACAUUUACCGCACCGAAUUUGGCACUUGCGCCGUGCGCAUCGACUUUGUCGUGCCUCGGAUGGGCGGUCACUGGAUCAACGCCUGGCGCGGCUUGGCCCUCGGCGACCUCGCGUGGUCGGUCGGCUUGAAGGCUCGGGCGCUCAAGGCUGCGCAGCGCGACGACCUCAAACGCACUGGCUUUGUAUUCAACGUCGACGAGACGUGGGCGAAUGUCUUGCGUGGUCUUGAGCACUAUGGAGACAAAGCGGUCUCGCCGAGCUUUGUGGCGCCGCCAAGCUGGCCGGGCGACCUGGCCGGACUGCGCCUUGGACACUACGUCGAGCGCAUGCACACGGCAAAGCGACUGCGUCUACUGCCACCGGCCACGGCAGCAACGUUCGCCAGUCUCACACAGACGUUGCCUGCCCCUCAGCUGCUGUGGGGGCCUCCGCAUGAUGAGACCACACGUCUCCAGGUUCUCAAGCAACUUCGAGACAUUUUAAGGGUCAUCCGCGACGUCUAUGCUGUCGUACCCUACGACUUUGUCGUGCCUGCGAGUGGUUCUGCGUGGCCACUUGGCAGCCACGGCGUCCCGCUGGGUGUGCGUCUGCACUGGUUCUGGCAGCAAGACGAACUCGCUCUACCCGUGUGCGACGAGAUCCGCGAGCUCGGCGUCACUGUGAGCGAAGCGCCACGACGUGUCGCGGCCAAGGCGUCCGCGCCGACAGCUCGUGCGUGGACGUUGCAAGACAAGGUGCGCGCCCUGGCGUUCUAUCGAUAUUUGCACGGCACAGCCAACAUGCCGUUGCGCUUCACGGUGCCGACCGCCUCGCCAUGGCCGACGCCGCUUCGAGGCCUAAAACUCGCCGCCUUCUUACAGUCCCUGCACUACCAAGACCGCGCACUCGACAAGAAGUUUGAAGCGCAGCUCCGGCAACUCGGAUUCUCGUCCUCGGAGGCCACAUCGCGCUGCGUCAAGCGCACUUCGCGCGGUGGGCUCGUGGUCGCGACGGUCCCGAUUGCGACGCAGGUCGCAGCGCUUCAUGCAUAUCAGCAGCUGGUCGGCACCCUGGGCGCGAUGCCGGAGGACUUUGCCGUGCCACCGGACGACGCCAACUGGCCAGCUGGCAGCAGCGACAUUGUGCUCUCGCGGGUGAUUCCGUCGCUGCGCUCCCACUGGUUUGAGCUCCGGCCCAACGAAGACGCGUGCGUCCGAGCCUUGGGUCUCUUCACCGACGUUCCGCCCUUUGAAGCCUUUGUGCAACUCAUCUCUCGGCUCACAUCCGAUGGCAAGACGACCGUGCCACUGGACUUUGUUGUGCCGUCGGAGUGGUCGACGCAAUGGAGCGGCGCCCCGCUGGGCGAGCUCGCGUGGUCUCUCGGUGCGCUGAUCAAGCACCUCGACUACGCCAAGACGCAGCAGCUCGCGGCGAUCGGCUUUGAGUUCAACACGCCUGCGACGUGGGCUCACAUCCUCGACGGGCUGCGCACGUACCACUCGCUCUAUGGCUUGACGGACGUGCCAGAGGCUUUCCUCGUGCCUCGCAUUGCCACGUGGCCGGAGGACAUGCACGGCAUGCGUCUUGGGUACUGGGUCCAGUAUUUGCACACGGCAAGAGACCUGUACUUGCUGCCGCCCGACACCAUCGCUGGUGUCGAUGCCGUCGCCACCGGAGCCGAAGCACCGCUGCCAGACACCGUGUCAAGCGGCGAGAACUCGGCGCGUCCCGCCAUCGUUCCAGCCGCGACCACCGCCGACGAUGUAGCGUCUACCGUUACCAGUGCACCGUCGCCGGACACCGUACAACCGUCACCAGUAGCCGUGCGACCGUCGGGCGGCGCGCAGCCGGCAGCGUCCGCAAGUCUGGCGCCCGACACCAGCGCAAACGAGCAAUCAGACCACCUCGUUGCGCUGGAUUUGUGGCUUCGGGCGACGCCGCGCCCAAGUGAAUCGGCCCGCCUCGGCACGAUAUCGCGGGCGUGUCCAGUCGUGCUGCGAUCGGUGUCGGUGGGUGCGUUUUUGCUCGAGCUCGAGGUCGGACGGGCGUUUGAGCAUCUGCAGUCGACUCUCGACGCCCGGCGAUUCGACCGCCAAGCUCGGUGGGCCCUCAAGUUCCAGGCGCUCACCAUGUUCAAGGCGCUAAACGGCCAUCUCCGGGUGCCUCGUGCGUUUACCGUCAACUCCGACGCCGUCUGGCCAGCGCCGUUGCACGGCCUCCAACUCGGCGACAUCGCGUUUUGGUUGCGCCGCCUCACUGCAGCCGAUGUCGUAUCGACGGUCGCGACCCAACUCGGUGCGAUUGGCUUCGAGUGGGACGCCUUGCCGGCGGGCGGCGCACUGCAUUCGAAGCACCGGGCGUCGUCCACGGCCGCCUCCAACGCGAAGGCGUCUGCCCGCGGCGCCAAGGCAAAAGGCGGUGCCAAGGACCUCGACAGUAGCCGCGUCGUACACAGCGAUCCGAUCCGUGCCUCCAACGGCUACAACCCCAAUCUUGCUACAGCUAGAGUCAUCAACCUCUGCAGCCCCAAUGACGAGGAUGUGGACCUUGCCAUGGAUCGCGACAGCGGUGACAGAGGUGCUGUCAUUGGCGCUGGGCCAGUGCAGCCGAUCCCCGUUGGCGUCCGCCGCCGCCAAAACGAGGCGGAGCCGGUGGCGUCCGUUCGGCGCAGACUCGCUCACGGGUGGGUGGCACCCCCCCGCGGCCCCAUUCCCCAGAUACCGAUGUCUCCCCGUGGUUAUUUCGCCCCGAUGUCGGCACCUCUUCGCGGCCCCUACCCCCCGAUGCCGAUUCCUAUCGACGUGUUUCCGUGGCGUGUCUGUCUCGAAGAACUACACCGCUACUUUGGCGAGAACGAGCACUCGAACGUCCCACUCGAGUAUGUAUCGGGCAGCGUGCCGCUGGGACGGCUCGUGCACGACCUGCGGCAAGGCCGCGCGAUCUUAACUCCGCCGCACCUCCAAGAGCUCCAAGCGCUCAAGUUUGAUUGGUCAAUUCCCGAGUAAUCGAUCUUGAAUCAACUUGAUAUUGUGGAC